CACAGGCGCACUCACACAUUCGAACACAAAUCAGCUGACAGAGAUAAACAGAGGCUCCGUUUAAUAGAACACCACAGGAGAGUAGACUGCAUACGGUCGAAGGAAAGCAUUAAAGAUGUCUAACCCAAGAGUUGUUGUCGUUGGAUCGUGUAUGACUGAUCUUGUAAGAUAUACCCCAAGGCUUCCCAAACCGGGUGAAACAAUCCAUGGACAUCGGUUUAGUGUUGGAUUUGGUGGUAAAGGGGCCAACCAAUGUAUUGCUGCGAGGAGACUUGGUGCAUCGACAGCCAUGGUGGCAAUGGUGGGUGAUGACUCCUUCGGCCAGAACUACUUACAGAACUUUAAAGAUAAUGGAGUUGAUAUAACACAUGUUGGAGUGACCAAAGAUGCAGCAACAGGAGUAGCACCCAUUGCUGUUGAUGAUUCAGGUGAAAAUUGUAUAAUCAUAGUAGCUGGAGCAAAUUUGAAGAUGACCAAAGAGAAAGUCGAGGCAGCAGAAAGCAUGAUAAAAAGUUCAUCUGUGUUAGUUUGUCAGGGAGAGAUUACUAUGGAAGCUACUUUGGCAGCACUGGUUAUGGCUCGAAAGCACAAGGUCAAAACAUUGAUGAAUGCAGCACCAGCUGAUUCAAGCUUGGAUCCCAACAUCAUUCAGAACUCUGAUGUUUUCUGUGUAAAUGAAACUGAGGCUGAAGUGCUAACGAGCAUCUGCAUAAAGAAUGUAAAAGAUGCUGAGCGUGCAGCAGAGGAGCUUUUGUCUCGAGGAUGUGGCAGUGUCAUUAUUACCCUGGGAGGAGAAGGGGCUCUUUAUUCUGCUAGCAAUAGUCAUAUACAUGUGUCAGCAGAGAAAGUCACUCCUGUAGAUACCACUGGUGCUGGAGAUGCCUUUGUUGGUGCCCUAGCCUAUUUCAUGGCCUGUUACCCACAACUAGACAUGGUAGAGAUGAUACGAAGGUCCUGCAAAGUGGCCACUGUGUCAGUACAGGCUCCUGGAACACAGAGCAGCUAUCCUGCCAGGGAUAAACUACCUAAUGAAAUCUUUGUUUAGGCUUGCAUAUUGUUAUAUAUUGUUCAGUAUUUUUUCAUGAUGAGAUUGAGCAUGCAGGUGUAUGGUGUAUGUGUUGUGUGUAGGGUGAAAUGUAUGUGGUGUAUAUACCAUUCAAGAGUGUGCAUGCAUGCAAUUGGUUUAUGGUAAUGAAUAGGUUUGGCUUCAUAGCAGUUAUCCAGAGAAAAUGUAACAUCUUGCAAGAAAAAUGUUUGUUGAAAUUUACAGCCUCUCCAUUCCAGCAAACCGUUUGGUGUAGAAAUAAACAAAAUGGAUUAUUAUUCCACCAAUAGAUAACUAUGUAAGCUCAAAUCUUUUUUUCAGAGCUGUAUGGUUUCCAUCAUAUACAGAACUUAAUUUAACACUGUGGUAGAGCCUGGGGAACACAAAUUCGAAAUGAAUAUUAGAUAUCCAUAAGAAAACUCAUAUAGGAAGCCAUGUUAAAAUCUCGUAGGUAUUUUUCUUCAUAUUUUUCUUUUUUAUUCAUAGAUAGCAAUACAAUUUCUUUGAUUAAAGAUUGACAAAUAUACAUGUUUAUUUUUUGUUAAAUAUAUAUGAGUUUUAUUUUGUUAUUCUCUUGUGCACACAUGAUGAAAAUGCUGAAGAAUCAUAUUGUAAUUCAUCUCAGGGUUUAUUCCACAUAUAAUGUUCUGUAUUUUUUAUCAAUAAAGGUAACUUUUUUU